AUGGAAGGCGAUACAAAGCCUUGGGGCUAUACAUGGCGCUCAUCUCGGUUUCUGGUGGUUUCCUCCAUCACAGUCGCCUUGUUCGCGGAGACAUUCCUUUACGGAUUUCUAACUCCGAUUUUGGGUUAUAUGCUUGAAGAACGACUGCAUCUUGAUCCUUCUCGGACUCAAACAUAUACAACCUCAUUGCUCACCACUCACGGGUUCAUUGGUCUCAUCUCGGCUCCGAUUGUCGCUCACAUUGCCGAGAAGACUCCAAGCCAAAAGACACCGCUAUUGAUUGCUCUAGCAGGAUGUUUUGCGGGUACUCUUAUGAUUGCCCUCGCCCCAUAUGUCUGGGUUCUCUUCCUGGGUCGCAUUCUGCAAUCUGCGGCGGGAUCCGCUACUUGGGUUGUUGGAUUUGCUCUAUUGGCCAACAAUGUGGAUAAGAAGCAUCUCGGAAAGUCUAUGGGUAUGGCAAUGUCGUUUGUAACUGCGGGAAUGGUCGCAGGGCCAACAGUGAGUGGCACAUUGCUGCAGUUGUUUGGCUAUUGGGCUGCCUGGUCCCUUCCCUUGGUCGUGCUUCUCCUGGAUAUCAUUGCUCGCUUGAUUAUGAUUGAACCCGCAAAAGGAUUGCGGAAGACCAAACCUUCGAGCAAGCCUGCUGGCACGUCGAUUCUCAACAGUGAUGGAGCCCCCGAGGAAUCGACUGCUUUGCUUUCUGAUUCAUCUGCGGCAAUCAAACCAGAUGAUGCUGAAAUGGAAAACAAGCCUGAUCUCAAGCACGAAUACUACACGAUCAUGCUUACCAAUCCACGCGUCUUGACUUCGCUAUCCAACAUUGUUGUUGUCUCCUCUCUCAUGUCGGGCAUUAACAACACUCUCCCGGUCCAUUUGAGACAAGCAUUUGGGUGGAAGAGCUUACUCAUCAGCAUGAUGUUCUUCUGUUUGCAAGUACCGAAUAUUGCCCUCAGCGGCCCGGCUGGAUGGCUUCGUGAUCAUAUCGGACUACGUGGACCCACCGUUUUUGGCUGGGUUGCGUCUAUCCCUCCACUUCUACUCAUGGGUCUUCCGGGAGACCGUCACUUCCCAUGGGCCGGGUCCGAUGCAGCUGGGAAGUCUAUAUUUACUACCAGUUUGAUUGGUUUAGGCGCUGUUCUACCUCUAGUGCGCGGUGCAGGAGCUGUGCAAUUGGCUUAUGUGGCCAAGGACAUGGAAGCUAAAGACCCCCAUGUCUUCGAGGCCAACAGAAGCAACUUGCGUGUCUUCUCCAUGACCGAAGUGGCAUAUGGUCUCGGAAUGAUGUUUGGGCCCUUGUUGACGGGCUCUAUGUUUGAACUAGUGGGCUUCUUCUGGAUGACCAUCGCACUGGCUAUCAUUUGCCUCAUCCAGGCCGUGGUUUCAUGGCUUUGGCUGGAUCCCUUACCCUCACCCGAGACCCCCGAAGUCUCGGUUUAA